CGUCUUCUUCAAUGAUCUCACAAGGAUUAGCAUUAGUACAGACAAGAGUCGUGUUGAGUUCACAGACUCAGCAGGUAGACUGACUGUACAACAAGCUGGAGCUUUGCCAGCUUGGCUGCAGGAACGCUAUCAGCUUUUGCGCUAUUUUGCAACUUAUAUGGAGGAGAAUCUUACUGAAGCUGGUGAUGCUCGUUCUGCAAGAGCAGCAACUUCCAGAACCUCGAUUAUCCCACAUGUGCGCCGUUGGGAUCGAACACCAAAGUCCAUCAUUAUGCAGCUUAGCAAUGGAACUUUCCAGAUUAACUUCUUCAAGGACCAUACCAAAAUUGUAAUUGCUGGUGAUCGCACAGAUGUCAGUGUAAUGUUUAUCAGCAGUGACAGACAGUCCUUCACCUAUCGUCUUACCCAGAUUGCAGAGCUUGGCUGUGAUGCAAUGGUGCGAGAGCGUUUAGUGUAUGCACUCUCGUGCCUUAGGCAGUAUGCAGAAUUGGAUGGAGAAGAGGUUUGAAGAACAGCAAAGACUAGUUCUAGAGAUAUUUUUAAAUAUUUGUUGGAAACUAGAGUGAUUUAAAUUCUCAUGGACCACAUUGGAAAAGUAUCAUGUUCCAAGGACUGCAUCUUGGAAGUACAGAGUGACACUGCGUUACUGGUGAUGGUAUUGGAGGG